AAAAAAAUAAAAAAAAAGACAGUAACGUGAAAAAUCAACUGUAAAUCAACUAUAAAUCAUCUAAUCAACUAUAGACCAACUUUAAAUCAACUUUAAAUCAACUGUAAAUCAACUGUAAAUCAACUAAAAUCAACUUUAAAUCAGCUGUAAAUCAACUAUAAAUCAGCUAUAGAUCAACUGUAAAUCAAUCAACUUUAAAGUAGCAGACAGUUAUGAAUAAGUAAAGUAAGAAUUAUGAUAAAUACAAAUUUUUGUUCAUAUUAAAAAAAAAAAAAAUUAUAUAAUAUUAUUUUUAUGCAAUAAUCCGUAUUAAGUAUAUCAGUUUACCACAGUGUUUGUCUAGUAUAAAAGAAAAGAAGAUAAAUAAAUAAUAAGAAUACCUACCUACAAAAAAAAAAAUAAAACAAAAUGAAUUUCUUAAAAACCCCAGAUCUACUCAAAACUUUACCAGAAUUUACUGGUAAACCAACAGAAUUGGAAGAAUUCGUGAGAUCCGCGAGUUUGGUGUGGAAUGCACUGAGCACAAUAGAAAACGCACCAUUGCAAUUGUGGUUGCAAGUUCUUAGAAACAAGAUCAAAGGUAAAGCUUCAGAUAGAUUACGCCUCUACGGCAAUCCAGAUACCUGGGAUGGAAUUAAAGACAUACUUUAUAGACAUUUUCAAGAUCACAGGGAUGAAAGAACUCUCUAUAAUCAAUUAAGUUUGAUAAGACAAACUAGUAGCUUGUCUAAGUUUUACGAUGAUAUUUUAGAUAUCAUCACAACGCUUAACGCACGAGUCAGACAAAACGAAGACAAUUUAGAAAUACGUAAUAGAAUGAUACGAAGAAAUAUUAAAGAAGGUUUGGAAACCUUCGUAAAAGGCUUAAGGGAUCCUUUUAGAACAAUAGUUAUGUCCAGAGAUCCGGACACUUUAGAAGAAGCGUACGAAAUUACACUUAGUUUAGCAGAAGCUAGUAGAUCGUCUACAAUAAAUUUUAAUAAUAACCAACAACGGGUCAACAGAAAUAAUUAUAACAAUAACAAUAAUAAUAACUAUCAAAAUAGGUACAACAAUGGAAAUUCAAAUAAUUAUUACCAAAACCGAAACAAUAACAAUAAUGAUUUUUGGAAUAGAAACAACGACAAUAAUAACAUGAACAGAAACAAUAAUUACAAUAAUAACACGAAUAGAAAUAAUAAUUUUAACAAUAAUAAUUCAAAUAGAAAUAACAAUUUCAACAAUAAUUUUAAUAAUAGAAACAAUUUCGAAAAUAAUUCUUUUAGGUAUAGGAAUAAUAAUUCUGGACAACAGAGAACAGUUAACGGGGGCGAACCAAUGGAUGUUGAUCCAAACCCAUCUACUAUUCAAAGGGGUUUGAAUAGAAACCAGAAUAAUAGAAAUUUUAGACCAAAUGAGGUCUAUUGUCAGGAAAAUUUUCGGCCAGAAGCCUCGGAUUAAGUACGUUACCGUA